AGUAGGACCUGGGAACCCGCCGGAGCCGCAGGGGCAGCGGAGCCAUGGUCACCAGCGCGUGGGGCUCGGGAGUCCGUGCCGGCAGCUGUCGGGGCGCAGCGAGGACCCGGACGAGCUCCCGCGCCCUGCAUCCACUGUUCCAGCCCCUCUCUUUCCUUUUUACGUUGUUCCUGGCAGUUCCUGGCACCCAGGCGGCGGGCUAUGAGACCUGCCCCGCAGUGCAGCCAGACAUGCUCAACGUGCACCUGGUGGCCCACACGCAUGACGACGUGGGCUGGCUCAAGACAGUGGAUCAGUACUUUUAUGGCGUGGAGAAUGACAUACAGCACGCGGGCGUGCAGUACAUCCUCGAUUCCGUCAUCUCUGCCCUGCUGGCAGACCCCACCCGCCGCUUUAUCUACGUGGAGAUCGCCUUCUUCUCCCGUUGGUGGCACCAGCAGACCAACGCAACACAGGAAGCCGUCCGGGACCUGGUGCGCCAGGGGCGCUUGGAGUUCGCCAACGGCGGCUGGGUGAUGAACGAUGAGGCAUCCACCCACUAUGGCGCCAUUGUGGACCAGAUGACACUUGGACUGCGCUUCCUGGAAGACACUUUCGGCGACGACGGCCGCCCCCGUGUGGCCUGGCACAUCGACCCCUUCGGCCACUCUCGGGAACAGGCCUCCCUGUUCGCCCAGAUGGGCUUCGACGGCUUUUUCUUUGGGCGCCUCGAUUAUCAAGAUAAGUGGGUGCGCAAGGAGAAGCGGGAGAUGGAGCAACUGUGGCGGGGCAGCACCAGCCUGAAGCCCCCCACCGCGGACCUGUUCACAGGUGUACUCCCCAAUGGUUACAACCCCCCGGAGAGUCUGUGCUGGGACGUGCUAUGUAACGACAAGCCGGUGGUGGAGGACCCCCGCAGCCCUGAGUACAACGCCAAGCACCUGGUCGAUUACUUCCUGCAGGUGGCCACUGCCCAGGCUCAGUUCUACAGAACCAACCACACGGUGAUGACCAUGGGCUCGGACUUCAUGUACGAGAAUGCCAACAUGUGGUUCAAGAACCUCGACAAGCUCAUCCGGCUGGUCAACGCCCAGCAGGCAAACGGGAGCCGGGUCCAUGUUCUCUACUCCACCCCGGCUUGUUACCUCUGGGAGCUGAACAAUGCCAACCUCACCUGGUCGGUGAAACGAGAUGACUUCUUCCCUUACGCUGACGGUCCUCACAACUUCUGGACCGGCUAUUUUUCCAGCCGGCCGGCCCUCAAACGCUAUGAGCGCUUCAGCUACAACUUCCUGCAGGUGUGCAACCAGCUGGAGGCGCAGGCGGGCCCUGCAGCCAACAUGGGACCCUAUGGCUCCGGAGACAGUGCACCCCUCAAUGAAGCAAUGGCGGUGCUUCAGCACCACGACGCGGUCAGUGGCACCUCCAAGCAACACGUGGCCUACGACUAUGCGCGGCAGCUCUCUGCAGGCUGGGGGCCCUGCGAGGUUCUCUUGAGCAAUGCGCUGGCGCGGCUCAUCGGUUCCAAGGAGGACUUCUCAUUCUGCCGUGAACUCAACAUCAGCAUCUGCCCGUUCAGCCAGGGGGCGGCGCGCUUCCAGGUCAUCGUGUAUAACCCUCUGGGGCGGAAGGUGGAUUGGAUGGUGCGGCUGCCUGUGAGCCAGACCGCAUUCACCGUGAAGGACCCGAGUGGCAAGACCGUGCACAGCGACGUGGUGCUACUUCCCAGCUCAGACCGUCAGGACGUCAGUCCGGAACUGCUGUUCCCCGCCUCCGUGCCCGCCCUGGGCUUCAGCAUCUACUCAGUAUCCCCAGUGCUCAGCCGGAACCCCCGGGCCCGCGCCCCCCAGCCCAGUUCCCAGAAGUCCUGGUCUGGAGUCUUGGCCAUCAAAAAUGAGUUCAUCAGAGCUACGUUUGACCCUGACACGGGGCUCCUGAUGGAGAUCGAGAACCUGGACCAGAAACUCCUGCUGCCCGUUCGCCAGGCCUUCUUCUGGUACAACGCCAGUAUGGGUGACAACGAAAGCGAGCAGGCCUCGGGUGCCUACAUCUUCAGACCCAGCCGACCGAAACCUCUGCCCGUGAGCCGCUGGGCUCAGAUCCGUCUAGUGAAGACGGCCUUGGUGCAGGAAGUCCACCAGAACUUCUCAGCCUGGUGUUCCCAGGUGGUUCGUCUAUACCCAGGGCAGCGGCACCUGGAGUUGGAGUGGACAGUGGGGCCGAUCCCUGUGGGUGACGGCUGGGGAAAGGAGGUCAUCAGCCGCUUUGACACGCCGCUGGAGACCCGAGGCCUCUUCUACACGGAUAGUAACGGCCGGGAGAUCCUGCAGAGGAGGCGGGAUUAUCGGCCCACCUGGACCCUGAACCAGACAGAGCCUGUGGCAGGGAACUACUACCCAGUCAACAGCCGGAUUUACAUCACGGACGAGAACGUGCAGCUAACCGUGCUGACCGACCGCUCCCAGGGGGGCAGCAGCCUGAGAGACGGCUCCUUGGAGCUCAUGGUGCACCGACGGCUGCUGAGAGAUGAUGGACGCGGAGUAGGAGAACCUCUUUUGGAGUCGGGAACAGGCGUGUGGGUGCGAGGACGUCACCUCGUGCUGCUCGACAAGGCCCAGGUUGCGGCCGCUGGGCACCGGCUCCUGGCAGAGAAGGAAAUCCUGGCCCCCCAGGUGGUGCUGGCCACAGGUGGCGGUGCCCCCUACCGACCUGGUGUAGCCCCGCGCACGCAGUUCUCAGGGUUGCAAAGGGAGCUGCCGCCUUCCGUGCACUUGCUCACACUGGCCCGCUGGGGCCCGGACACGCUGCUGCUGCGCUUGGAGCACCAGUUUGCAGUGGGGGAGGAUUCGAACCGCAACCUGAGCUCCCCCGUGACCGUGGAUUUGCAGAACCUGUUCUCCGCCUUCACCAUCACGCGCCUGCAGGAAACCACGCUGGCGGCCAACCAGCCCCGGGCCAGCGCCUCCAGGCUCAAGUGGACAUCAGAUACCGGUCCCACCCCCUACCCUGCUGCUCCUGUGUUGGACCCGGCCGCUGUCACACUGCAACCCAUGGAAAUCCGCACCUUCCUGGCCUCCGUCCAGUGGAAAAAGGACAGCUAGACCCACUGGGGUGCAGUCUUCUGAGCCCCAGUCCCCUGCUCUGCAGGCGGGGCAGACAAACCCUCCCCUCCAUUUGCUGCUACAAUCAGCAACAGCCAUUAAAAUGCCACCCACUAAAACUCAGGUCACACAUGA